AUGUGUGACAUUCGGUGUUGGCUUGCUAUUCAUGAAACCACUGAGUCUUACAAGUGGUUACUUGAAUCAUUUCUAAAGACACACAAGAAGCAACCAAAGUUAGUUCUGACGGACCAGGACCCUUCAAUGAAAGCUGCCAUUGAGGUUUUCACAGACUCUCGGCACCGCCUUUGCAUGUGGCAUAUUAUGAAGAAACUUCCCACCAAGAUUGCUGGAGACCUGUUACAAAACUCUAAGCUAAGGGCAUUGAUGCAUCGUUUGGUGUGGAGUAUUCACAUGAAGCUAUCUACAUUUGAGACGUGUUGGCAACUUUUGAUGGAGGAAUAUGGGUUACAAGAUCACGAGUGGUUGAAUGAUAUGUACUCAAUUAGGGACCAAUGGGUACCUGCCUACUUCCGUGAUAUCCCAAUGUGUUGUCUGAUGAAGACUACAUCAAGAUGUGAAAGCUCUAACUCAAGCUUCAAGGUCAACUCUUCUAGCGCUAACACACUAGUUCAGUUCAUGCAAUGUUACGAAACUAGGAUAGACAAUCAGCGUUACAGGCAACGUGUUGCAGAGUUUAAAACUUCAUCUAGUGUAUUCAUGGACACUACUGACUUAGCUAUUGAGAAGCAUGCUUUUGAGUUAUAUACACAUGCAAUUUUCACAGAAGUAAGAAAAGAGAUAUACAAGGGGAAGCUGUUUUGUUACAUUGUAAACAUGGAGGAUUGUGAUGAUGUUUGUGUUUACUAUGUGAAUCCGUUGGACAAACGUAACAAUGCAACCAACACAUUCACGGUUAAACUUGAGUUGAGAAAUCAGUCGGUCUCUUGUUCAUGCAACAACUUCAUCCCUGCUGCGAGAAGUCAGAUUCUUGAUAUUGUAACCGAAUGUGUAGACGCAUUGAGAAGUGAUGUUGGAGGACUUUCUUCUUUCGCUGAGCAGAUAAAGGAACUGAAAUGCAAGUUACUAAAUGGAGGACCAGUUGAUGAUGAAGCCAACAAUGAUAACUAUGCUGCUGUUGAAGAAUUGCUUGGUGUUUCUUUAGAUGGGGACGUAACUCUCAACAAUCCAGACGGGAUCAGGAACAAAGGAUGCGGCAAACGUCGACGAUUGUCUAGAGCAUCUCAGGAUGGAACGAGCAACUCUGCUGUCAAACCUCCCAAAACACCCAGGCUUUGCCGAACAUGUAUGAAGUACGUGACUAGGCAUGAUUCAAGAAAUUGCAAGAAGAAGAAGAAGAAGAAGAAGAAUAAAUCGGGUAAUGAGGAUGAGGACUCAAGCUCUGCGAGUCAGGAGUCCACUUGA